GAAAAGCCAGCGGACCCGACACGCCCAGCCCGCCCAACCAAAAAUGGCACCCAAAGCGAAAACAGGACCGGCCGCUGCGCCAAACGACCAAAGGCCUGCGAAGCAGUCUGGAGCAAAGAAUGCCUAUCUGCUUGCGUACAACGCAGUAUCGGCUGCACUCUGGGCGGGCGUCCUGUACCAGACUGUGAUAAUCGGGGGAUAUGAAAUCAUGAACGCGCACAAGGCCAGCGUCAUCUUCGGCAAGGGCGAUUGGUUCACUGCGAUUCAGAGGGGGUUGGCGAGCGGAAAAGUAUAUGACAACCUUGAGCACUAUACCAGGGCUGUACAGACGCUGGCAGGGCUCGAGGUGCUCCAUAGUCUGGUUGGCAUCGUCCGAGCGCCGCUUCUCACAACGCUCAUGCAGGUUGCUUCCCGCUACCUACUCGUCCACCUGAUCGCAUCGCCCCCGGCAUUCCCCCUCUCAACGCGGCAUUCCCCAGCCUACAGCACUAUGCUGUUUGCCUGGUCCGUCACCGAAGUCAUUCGUUACUCGUACUUUGUUUUUUCCUUGUCUGGCAUGGGUGUGCCCCAGCUUUGGACAUGGCUUCGGUACAACACCUUCCUCGUGCUCUACCCGCUCGGCAUCGCAUCCGAGUGUUGGCUGGUGUAUCAGGCGAUCCCAGAGGCAACCACAAGGGCCGAAGGGUUUGGAUAUGCGCUCUGGGCUAUCCUGGCAAUCUACGUGCCCGGAUCGUACAUUUUGUUCACGCACAUGUUGGCACAGAGGAGGAAGAUUGCUAGACAGAGCAGGAAGGCGUGAAUGUCGUAGAGUGAAAGGUGGCUUACUUGGGAAUUCUCUAGACGCUGCAUGGUUUCUUUUCAAGGUCAAAAAUGGCAUGGGGUGGAGGCGUGUUUGUAGACUGCAGUGUGUAAAGCGCUGCUUCAGCGUCCAGCUCCCUUAAUCCAAACAGCACGUGGAAGAGGGCGUCUAUCGAUACACUGCAAAUAAUGUAUAUUUUU